AUGGCGGGGGCCAUUAUCGAGAACAUGAGCACCAAAAAGUUGGUGAUAGUGGGAGUUAUUCUGCUGCUGUUCCAGGCGUUUGCCUUCAUGGUCGGCGGUUUAAUUGCUCCCAGCCCCACCACAGCGGCCCACUACUUAGCCAGCAAGUGCAUUGACACAGUCAAGCACCGUCAGGAAUCAAAAUGGUUCAUGCCUUGGGGUCCUGACCAGUGUGCUAAGAUCCGGAGCUUUGAUGAGGCCAUGGCCAAAAAGAUUGAAGCUAACAACAUUGUAUUUGCUGUCCACAUUCCUCUGCCUCACAAGGAGAUGAGCCCCUGGUUCCAGUUCAUGCUGGUCAUCCUGCAGUUUGACAUUGCUUUCAAGCUGCACAACCAAAUAGAGGAUGGGGCUUUGGUCACCAUCGACGUGGGUGUGGCCUACAGAGACGACACAGUCAGUGAGUGGACAGAGAUGGCUCACUCAUUUGAACAGAGGAAACUUAGCUGCAACUUUAGCACUAUCAAGAACUUUGAGAAUGAGGGACGCUACUAUGAGUGUGACCUGCUGCCCUUCAUGGAGGUGGGUAGUGUGGCCCAUAAGUACUAUCUUCUCAACAUCCGCCUGCCUGUCAAUGAGCGAAAGAAGGUCAACGUGGGGAUCGGAGAAAUCAAAGACAUUCGUCUUGUUAGCAUCCACCAGAAUGGAGGCUUCACAAAAGUUUGGUUUGCCAUGAAGACGGUCCUCACACCCAGCAUCCUCAUCAUCAUGAUCUGGUACUGGAGACGCAUCACCCUCAUGAGCAGACCUCCUGUGCUGCUGGAGAAGGUAAUCUUGGCGAUGGGCAUCUCAAUGACGUUCAUUAACAUCCCAGUGGAGUGGUUUUCUAUUGGCUUCAACUGGACAUGGAUGCUGCUCUUUGGAGACAUUAGACAGGGUAUCUUCUACUCCAUGUUGCUCUCCUUCUGGAUCAUCUUCUGUGGGGAGCACCUGAUGGACCAAACAGAGAGGAACCGUUUCUCAGUUUACUGGAAGCAGGUCGGACCCAUCGUCUUUGGCUCCAUCUGCCUUUUCAUCUUUGACAUGUGUGAGAGAGGUGUCCAGCUGACCAACCCUUUCUACAGCAUCUGGGCGUCUGAUGUAGGAACCGAGCUGGCUAUGGCAUUUAUAAUCGUGGCAGGAAUCUGUGCCUGCCUCUACUUCCUCUUCCUCUGCUUCAUGGUUUUUCAAGUCUUCCGCAAUAUCAGCGGCAAGAGGUCGUCCCUGCCCGCCAUGUCCAAGGCCAGACGCCUGCACUACGAGGGUCUGAUUUUCAGGUUCAAGUUCCUCAUGUUGGUCACUCUGUUCUGUGCUGCCAUGACGGUCAUCUUCUUCAUCAUCAGUCAGGUGAAUGAGGGUCACUGGCACUGGGGAGAGCACACUGUGCAGGUGAACAGCGCCUUCUUCACUGGUAUCUACGGCAUGUGGAACCUGUACGUUUUCGCAAUCAUGUUCCUCUACGCACCGUCACACAAACACUAUGGAGACGAGCAAUCAAAUGGUCAGUGCAUCACUGGAGAUGCUGGAGCAAACAGUGGAGAAGACAUCCAGCUGACCACUACCGUCACCCAUGUCGAAGGUCCCACUGAGAUCUACAGGAUGACUGGCAAAUUGGCCAAGGAAUAAACUUCCUACUGUUAUAGAGACGUCCCUCUUUUACCUGCUGCUCCACUGAUCCCCUCCCUUUAUAUGUGUAUAUUUAAUCAAAGGGGCUUUUCUCUUUACAUUGCCUGGCACUGAAACAGCAGAUCCACCUUGCAUGUACCCAGUGGUCCCACAUCACCCGCCCCCCCCUCCCUACACCAAACCCUCAGGUGUAUGUCUAUUAGGCAGCACCCUGUUCCCCUACUUCCUAAUGUAUCUCCGAAGGAUGAAUGUUCUCAACACUCCUAUCAGCCCUUUUCAUUCUUACAUUUCAUACUUUAUGUUAACUAUAUUGUAUUUGUUGAUGUUGCACAAUGCUUUUGACAGGUACUGAGAAGCUGUUUUAUGAAGAGAUUUGAGGGUAAAGAGUCAGAAACUGCAUUUCACAGCAGCUGCGCUCCUCCUGUUUUCAGAUGGUGUGGUUAAGCUUGAGUGGUAUGUCAAGACCCAAGCGUCUGACCAAGACGGACAGCUUAAAGUCUGAGGAUACCAUACAGCCACUCACUUUGAUUUUCUACCUUAUUGCCUGUUGUAUCGAAGCAUUUAUAGCCUAUCACAUAUUCAUACUCUUCCAUAGAAAGUAGAUCAUGCGGUGUACUGCUAUCAAUCUUAGUCUUUCAAUUGGUGGAGUGUUUUUUAUCAUUGGGGGAAAGGUACAGACCACAUAGCUACUUAGGGACAUGCAUACUGUACGGUCAUUAUGUUACAAUGUAGAUAUAUAUUUUUUAUAAAGUGCUUGUUUUCAACUGCACUAAUGUAUGCAUCAAGCUCUAUCAAUGUUUUGAAGUCGACUGUAGCCUUGGUUAGUUUUUAUUUUGCUUUCUAUGCUCAUUUAAAUAAAAGACAUUUUACUUAAAAUCA